AUGGCUCCCCUUGUACGAGUUCUUCGAUUGGUGGAUAGUGAAAAGAAAUCAACAAUGGGCUACAUUUAUGAGGCAAUGGAGAAGGAGAAAGAAACCAUUAUGAAAUCUUUCAACAACAAUGAACAAAGAUAUGCAGAUAUAUUUAAGAUCAUUGAUGAUAGAUGGAAUUGCCAGCUCCAUAGGCCGCUCCUUGCAGCUGGGCACAUUUUAAAUCUGGAUAUCUUUUAUGAAAAUAAGAGAUUGGAAUUUGACCGUGAGGUUACUAAUGGAUUAUAUGAAUGUGUUGAAAGAUUGCUGCCAAUUGAAGAAGACCAAGACAAGGCACUUGAUGAGAUGGUACUGUACACAAGUAGUAAAGCUCAAUGGUGGAAGAAAUAUGGCCAUUAUGCUCCACAUUUGCAAAGGCUUGCAAUAAAGAUCUUCAGCUUAACUUCUAGUGUUUCCGGCUGUGAACGUAAUUGGAGUGUUUUCGAGCAAAUUCAUUCCAAAAAAAGGAAUAGGCUUGAACAUCAGAAGAUGCACGAUUUGGUGUACGUUAAAUACAACCAAAAGUUGUGCGAAAGGUACAGUAUUAGAGAUAAGAUUGAUCCCAUCUCACUCAACGAUAUUGAUGAGUGCAAUAAGUGGUUAGUUGGCGAGCUGGAUGAUCCUGAAGUUGUUGGGAUUGGAGAACCGACCACAUUUACUCGGUCCAAAAAAAGAAAAGACACUUCCACAUCAUCAAGUUAUGUUCGAGCUUCCAAGAAAGAUACACGGACUGCAGCUACAUUAGGUAAAGGAAAAGAAAAGUUGCAGCCUGUGGUCGAAGAGAUGACUCUUGUAGAUGAAUCAGACGAAGAAGAAUUUGAGCAAGAGUUUGAGCAAGAAGAGGAGGAAGAAGGAUAUGAAGAUGACGAGGAUGACUACAUGGCUCUUGAUGAUGAAGAUGGGGAUGAGGAGUGA